UGGUGAGGUUUCGGCCGGGAAGUGCGAUCGAUACGUGCAUGUAGUAGUGGACGAUGUUGUCUGCCCGAAAAGCGGUUAGUAUCCUAGGACGAAGAGGGCGAUUUGCAGCCCUGAGGACAAGCGUCUGUGAGCUGCAUUCAUUGAUUCAACGACGAACGGUUGUAAUUUGUUGCCCGAGGUAAGUUUGAUGCAGAUAGGUGGCGACCGCCAUGCAUGAUUCGAUCACUGGACGUUCUUGCACAUUUAGACUUCGAUAUUGCAUGAAUAAUCUUUAGCUUAUAUGCGAGCGUAGAUGUCAGCAAAUAUAUACGUAGAUCUGAUUUUAUUUAGUUAAACUAUUAAAAAUCUGAGAUAAGAUUAAGAUCGUUGGGUUUUUGUGCGAGAUGUUUUGGUGGUAAUUGGACUACAUAUUUAAGCUUAGUCGACCGUACCGUGCCUAUACAGUUCCGAUUAUAUAAGAGGUGAGCUUGGGUGCACGCAGUUGUGAAAUGUUUCUUCGAAUAUUUAAUUUGAUCUGGUAAGAUUCCCGUACAGUCCCAUACAUUUAUCAUGCAUUGUUUCAAUUCCAAUUCAUAUUUGUGCGAAAACCUGUGAAGUUGCUGCAUGCACAGUAAAUGUAGGGGGUUGUACGGAAAUCUUACCCCCUAGCAAAUCUCAUGACUUCGGGCUAUAUGUGUGUUAUGAUCUAUUUUGUUUACAUGUAGAGGCCCUUCAAAUGAUCCAGCCAGGCCAACCAAAAAGUGGCAGAGAUAGACUGCCACACUCACGGCAUACAGCUGUACAUAUAUAUCCCCUACUCUUUAGAAUAGUGUGUGGGUUCUUUAAUAGGGACCUUAAGCAAAGACGUUUUUGAGCGAUGCACGUCAACCAGAAGUGAGGCCUUCUCCCUUUUUAUAUGCCUUGAUGCUAACAAACUUGUAUUGCUGAGUUUCUUUUCUCUUUUAAAAGACGAUUUACCCGAGAGUUUCAACCAAGCCGCUCCCCAAUAAUGCAAAGAGUCCACUUCCGGUUGACAUCCGUCACUCAAAAAUGCUGUUGCUUAAGCUCCCUAAUGUCCCACACAAUUUAAGUGGGCCAAGGUUGUGAGGCGGGAUCUACAGUUAAUCCAAGAAGAUUAGAGAGUCUUAGAACCAGGGCUCGAAAAAAGUCCCAUCUGUUAGUCUUGGACAAGUAGAUUUUUUUGCUGGGCAACUAACUUUUAAUACUUACUUGCACAAUGGGCAAUUAUUAACCCUUUAAACCCUAAGAUCAAAAACUGAAUUCUCAUUUGUUGCCCCUAUUCAUCUCCCACAGAAGUAAUGGUGAGAAAUUGAUAAAAAUAAUAAUAUCAAGCAAAUUCAUCUUGUGCGAUCAUGUCUAUAAUUCUCAUGACCACUCUGUUUUGCAAAGCAUUGCUAUUACAAGGAGAAAUUUGAUGCUGAUCACUCUCAGGGUUUAAAGGGUUAAAGGUCCAGGCAAGUAAUCCUUUGACAAGAUCAUUAGCUAAGACAAACAAGAAGUGACCCCAGGCAAGCAAAAUGUGCAAACUUCUUGCCUAAAUGACAAGCUGGAGUUCAAAUUUAUUUGAGUUUGAGUGGGAGAGGGAGGGGGGUGGGGUGGGUGCUUAUCCAAGACUUGGCGCUUAUUUGAAUAAAUACAGUAGUUAAGACCCUUAGUGUGAGUGUGGGUCUGGCCAGGCUCUGAACCCAUAGCCUUCUGCUCAGUAGACUGGCAAUCAACCAUGGAUCCAUAAUAACCACAGUCUCUGGUCACAUUUGUAAAUCUCUUAAUGCUGCUGAAGGUACAUAAAGAUAUUACCAGAGAUGCAGACUUAUUUUGAUUUUUUUAUGUAAAUCAGUCAAUUUUUAGUAAAAGAUAUCUCCACGAUAGAAUUUUUUUAAAGGUUACAUAAUGUAUAAAUUUCUUCUUUUAGGUAUUCAACUGGCUCUAGACAGGUGUUAUCUUCAAAUCUUUCAAGAUAUGGCUUUCGGUGGCUCAGCUCAGAAAGUGAGUUUUCGUGAGUUAAUUGACAGUGUGCAGGGUUGGACACUUAAUUUUGAGAGCACUCGCCAUUCGGGCGAGUAACCCUCAAAAUGCACUCGCCCGGAUAAGUUUUCACUCGCCCAUUUUUUGGACAAUUUGGAGUAUAAAACUUUGCCAUACAGAUAUGGACUAUGGUAAGUUUGUGUUUAGAGAUUUCUCGGCAAAACAGAAUAUAAAAAACAUCGUUUAUUUUGCAAUUUAAUCAAUUUCUUGGCGAUGAAAAAUCGCACUCGCCAAACGGGCGAGUGAUCUGUGAUUUGCACUCGCCCGACACUUUUGACACUCGCCUGGGCGAGCAGGCGAGCGCUAAUGUCCAACCCUGAGUGUGGUUGUGUGGAAAUACAUGCAGAUCUCUUCCAGUGGGUCUAGGAGGCCAGUUGAUCUAAGGGUUAAGUUAGAACCAUUAACUUGUCACUGGAAUAAAUGUGAAUAAAGCAGUUCUCCUGAUAUGGGUCUAAAUUUCUUCACUGUAACUAGCGUACAGGUAUGUGUCUGCAUCACGUCUGAGUUGACACUUCCCUCUGACCUGCACUAUAGGGUUAAUUAUGGGUUUGUGAAGUGUCAUGCUAACUUGAAGGUCUUUGGAUUGCAACGCUUUAAACCCCAAUAUCCACAUACAAAUUCUCCCGCCUGAUCUCCAUACAUUUGCUUAAAAAGCUUGUUGAGAGUUUGAUAGAAGAUCAAAACACUUUCCCUUUGGUGAUCAUUUUAUUAAAUUUAUUCUUACCAGUAGACCAAAAGAACUCCCCAGCUGUUUAAUUUCCCCCUUCUAAUAAUAUUGAUUUACCCAGCAACUUGAGUGGCAGCUCCGAUCUGGUCCAGCUAUAAGUGAAACAACUUUAACAGUACUUUCAGUUGUUGCCACUGAUUUUUUAAUACUUGUUUAAACUAUUCACAGUCCCCUAUUUUUCUGUAAGAUUAUUAAAAUCAAGCACUUUGGACAAUUGCUGGCUCUCUUGAUUUCAAAUGUUUCAAGUCUAGCCUGGGAUGAGUGUCAAAUCUGCUUAGGGGAUGAGCAACGGUUUGGGAGGAGGCAAGAAAAAUAGAAAUUUGCCUCUCUGCCACUACUGUAUAAACCCCCGAUGCUGAUCCCCUUUGUACAUAUGAAACCAUGAUGGCUGCCCAUAACUCAUAGCUCUCAAACUUGAUGAUAUUAUGGGGAAAUAAGGGGAAAUACUCAUCAUUAUCUCAUGAGUCAAUUUCUAAUAAAAUUCAUACAUUCCCUCUUUAAUAACAGGUCUCCCUCCUCACACAAAUGUACCAUUACCAGCACUCUCUCCCACAAUGGAGAUGGGGACAAUUGUCAGCUGGGAAAAACAGGAAGGUGAUGAGUUAAGUGAAGGAGAUCUUUUAGCUCAGAUUGAAACAGACAAGGCCACAAUGGACUUUGAGACCCCUGAGGAAGGCUUUCUGGCCAAGAUUUUAAUUCCCGCAGGAAGUAAGGAUAUUCCUAUUGGCAAACUGCUCUGUAUAAUUGUGGAAAAUAAAGAUGAUGUUGAUGCAUUCAAAAACUAUGUUCCUGAAGAAGAUGGACCAGCUUCAGUAAGUAGUGCAAUCAGUAUUUUUUUUUCUUCCGGCUCGCAGAUUCAACAUACUGAUUGUAAAGCAUGCUCCCUUGUCCCCUGUUUUCUUAUGAAAGUACAGUCAUUUAAAGACUAUUUUCAAUUCAGGUGUAAUAUUGUUGGCACUUUUAGCACUGGAUAUAGUUAUAAUAUGCUUUUACAUUUUCUGUACCUCAUGAUCACCUUUCUUCAAAUGCUAAUAAUAAAACCAGCUUAAGUGUGAUGUCAUGAAACCAAAGGACAGUGUACGUAUAAAAUAAUUUUGAGAGAUUCAGAAUAUAGAUAGUCUACACCAAGUAACCCACUAUCUGAUUAAAAAGAUCAUAGUAAGUAAGUAAGUAAAGCCUUUAUUUAAAGAGGGUAGCACCUAAUAGCCAAAGGCUAAUAAAGUUGUGGCCCUCAUAAAAUACACAACUAUUUACAAUGUAAUAAAUAUUGUAAGCUAAAAUAUAUAAACAUUUAAAAUAAAACAAGAUUCCAUUUUUUAUAUUAAAAAAAAAAAAAGUAGUGUCAUUGAGUAACUUAUAAGUAAGUGUCAUUGUUUCUUCAUAAUUAUUUAUCUAUUUUUUUUUGUUUUCAGGAGAAACCUGCUGAGGCCACCACUCCACCCCCUCCUCCACCACCUCCUCCAGCUUCAUCUGCAGCCCCGCCCCCUCCCCCACCUAUGACUUCUGCCUCUCCACCCCCUCCUCCCCCACCUGCAGCUGGUGGGAGAGUGUUUGCCAGUCCAUUGGCAAAGAAGAUUGCAAGGGAAAAAGGCAUUGAAUUGGCUGUAAGUAUUUACUUUUCUUUCCUCUUUAGGGAAUUUUUUCAGUUAUUUAACUAAAAACCGCGAAUCAAGCUACACUGUAAAUGGGAGGAGUAAGGCCCCUAAUGACUUAUGAUGUGAUCAUGUAACACUUUCCUUUUGUUUGAUUGUGAUUUACAUUCAAUUUGAAUGGAAAAGGAAAUGGUUAUAAUUAAUCUAUAUAUAAUCUAAUCUAAAUGUAACCAAAAAUGUUUCAAGAUUGCUGGUGAGAUUGUGAUGUAAGAACACUGUUCUUGUACUAUUUCUUUGGAACACAUCUUACUGUCUAUAGUGGACAAAGCAAAACAUUUCUGUCAGUGCUAAGGUUGUCUGUAUCUGUUUCUAGGCUCUUCAGGGUAGUGGUCCCGGUGGCCGAGUGGUGGCGCAAGAUGUUACUGUGGCAACACCUGCUGUUGCAGCAGUGGCACCCACUCCUGUGGUUGCGCCUGGUGAGUUUUGAUUGGCUAGAAUGUGUUGUGUUUAGCAGACCAGGGUUGUCAGAAAGUUUUGAAGUAGACGGCUGAGUUGUCAAAGUAAGCGGCCAGUCCAGGGAUAUUUUAUUUUAAAAAAAGCCAUCCUUAAAGAAAUGCUAAGCAGAGUAGCUGGCUGAUACUAACCAAGUAGGCGGCGAUUUUCACCGGCAGCCGGCUACUUUUGACAACCCUGGCAAACUCUCAGCUUUUUGUUUGUUUGUUUGAACUUCUAUGCUAUUUCUUCAAUGUUCAUACCAUUUUAUGACUUCAUAACACGGUGAUGACACUGUUGUACUAUUAAUGUCAUUUACAAACAUGAAAAGAAAUAAAGCAAGUACAAAUGAUAGUUAUGAAACUGCUCAUUUUUCAUCAUUGACCUUGAAUGUGAAAAUCCUUUUAUUGUUUUACAGGAGCAGAUUUUACCGAUAUUCCUCUUACAAAUGUCAGGAAGGUGGGUUUAAUAAGCAAGUGUUCUCAUUAAGGGAUGUCAAUAGUGAGUGGGUAGAUACAAAUAGUAGGCAGAGAAUUGAACUGUUACAAAGUCCUUUUGCAUUUAUUUUCCCUAUUAAAGUUUCUUCUGAAUAUAACGAGGGAUACUUAUGGUAGCCAGGGUAAUUCCCAGCCCUGAAGACAGCUAUAGACCGCUCAAGUCUUUCCACUUAUCAUUUCAUCAAAUUAAAGCUUGAGAAACUAGUGAGUGAGUAUAUGAAAGUAGUCCUCAGUAGCCUGCUAGAAAUCUCUCUGGGUUACUUUGGUGGCGGGGCAAACCAUUUUUUGCCCUCCUGCAAGAGCUCCCUGGAGAGCUUGCUAGCAGGCUACGACAACAGUAAUUAUAUCAAAAGUAUUGAUAAUUUUUCUUCUCUUAAACUGUAUUGCUAGGUCAUCGCUAAACGGCUCUUGGAAUCCAAGCAAACUAUUCCUCAUUAUUACCUUUCAGUGGAUAUCCAAGUGGAUGAUUUGUUAGAGUGAGUUUAUUUCUCUGUUUACUGAUAAUAAUUUUACAGUGCAAAAGUUGUUUUAUUUUUAUUAUUGCAUUUGACAGCCACCUAUAAGAAUCAGCCUACUGAUUAAAUAAAACCUGUUGGCCAAAAUUUGACAUUUAAAAUUACUGUAAAUCCUCUAUUAAGGCCCCUGAGAUGCCUAUUUUUUUUCAUGCACAUUUCAUGGGGCCUAGUAGGGACAGGCCAGGGGCUUGAGAGGGGGGGCUUGUCAUAAAGAGCUAGAACAUAUUUAGUGGAAAACCUCAAGCACAUGUAGUUGGAAGUCACGCAGCGAGAGAUCAAGAACAAAUAUGAACUUCCGGCAUAUGAAUAGCCAGACCGGAUCAGUCUAUGUCAUGUGCCUUAGAGUAAUUCAGUCUAUCAUUUAUUAAGGAGGGAAGUGGGGGGGGGGGGGGCUUAAAAAAGGGGGUUAUUAACAUUGUUCCCCUGAAAGUGGUGGCUUAUUAGAGAGGGGGGUUAUUUUUGAGGGGUGGGGGGCCUAAUAGAGAAUUUAUAGUAUAGAUUUGGGUCGUAUUCUUAUUUGAAAUCAGCAAGAAUUAAAUCAGGGAUAUUAGAGCAGGGUGUAUUUGGUCCAAUUUUUCAGCCGGUCAAAAAUUUGUCUGGCACCAUAUGAUCGGAGCCCCCUUUUGCCAAAUUUUUUAUACUCAAGUGAUUUUCCUUUUUCAGAGUCCGAAAGCAGCUGAAUCUGGAUUCAAAUGGUGCAUACAAAUUGUCAGUGAAUGACUUUGUCCUUAAGGCCUGCGCUCUAGCUUGUAAAAAAGUUCCCGAGGCAAACUCUUCGUGGAUGACAGACUUCAUAAGACAGUAAGUUUAUCUCCGGAAAUGAAAUAAUUUUUAUAUCCUUCUCUUUCCCGGGGGAAGCAUGGUCGAGUGGUCAGUGCGUCAGACUCACAAUCCGGUGCUCCUCUGUUCAAGUCCCACUCUGGCCACUUGCUGGAUUUGUGCUCGGUCGUCCCGAGUUUAAAUCCUCGGCCAAGCUUGUAAAUAGCCAACUGGUUGCCUCCUGCCAGUUGGGGCUUUUAAUGCUUUUAUGUUACAUUUGAAUUAUUUGUUUCUAAGUAUUUGAUUGGAGUGCCUGUAAACUAGCUGGAUAAGCUAAGUGCACUUCCCUCUAUUGACAAGCCUUUAAACCUUUUUUAACUUUUUUUCCUUUCUACAGCGUCCCUAAAUAUUGGGCCACAAGAAACUGGCUUGAGUUCCCUUUGACGCAAUAAUAAAGUGAUACAAAGUUGACUUGUACCCCUAUCUAUUUGAAGCUGACAACCAACCCUUUAACUCCAUAAUUUUCUUAUGGUAUUAAUGAAGAGCAUACCCUUUUGCAGACACAAUAACGUUGACAUUAGUGUAGCUGUCAGUACGGAAUCAGGACUUAUUACACCGAUUGUCUUCAAUGCAGAUAAAAAGGUACUGUACUAAAAUGAUACACAUUUAUAUUCUGUGCUGCAUGGUAAAAAUGGUGUACACAAUACUAAUUCAGCUGAGCUUAUUGUUCAAAGAAACGCUGUGAUUAUACUCGAUGGGUGUAAAAAUUUUACCCAAAUCACCUUUAGAACAAAAAGGCUAUCUCAUUUUGUUGCUGACGUCUUGAAAGCAAUACGAACAGUUAGUAAUUUUUUUUUUCGGAAAACGUGUUGAUACAUUAUGCUACCACUCAAACUCAACUUUCUCCACUGUUUAUUUUAAACUUUGUCCAAUUACCUCUGUCAGGGUUUACAAGACAUAAGUGCUGACACCAAUGCUCUAGCAGAGAAAGCGAGGGAUAACAAACUUCAACCUCAUGAAUUCCAAGGAGGAACAAUAACAGUAUCAAAUCUCGGCAUGUACGGAGUCAAGAACUUUUCUGCAAUCAUAAACCCACCUCAAGUAAGUGUGCAAAUGUGCGGUAUUUAUCAUGAACAUGCUGGGAAAACCUGAAAUUCCGGUUGAAAAGUCAGACCAGGUACACACGAAUCCGGAAAUUGAUGAACCCGCAUAUUUUUUUUUUAACCGGAUUGAGUUUCUCUCCUCCGCAAGGGCCUCUUUAUUUGUACGGAGGCUACGAAGAGGGAAAAUGAUCGCGUGCGGGGGACGUUCCCGUGCUAAUCUCUUUCACAGCCGCUCGGGCCGGAGUCACACAAUGGGGGCGGGGAACAUUGCGUGACUCCGGCCUUAGCGGCUGCGAAGGAAACUAUUCCUGCGCUUGCUGUUUUUUUGUUAUUAUUACUGCUACAACGGUUACUCAAGGAUCGGUGUUUUACAAGUGACAAAAUUCCUUAAAGAGUAAACUCCAUGAUACAUUUUCGUUAGUCGUUUUGUUUGGACGUGCUUCAAACCAUCAUCAUCACGGCCCUGUUUUAGACUAGUAGCAUUUCGUCCAGAUGGUAGUCCUGCCGAGCCUCCACUACUCUGGGUACCACAGGCUUUUUUUUUCUUGCAGACGGCCGAAUCCGUUGGUGUCGGCUAAAAGCCGAAGCCACGAUCAGCGGGAAGUCUGGUGGGGCGGGGUUCUCAACAAAGUUUAAGUCUCACACUGGAAGGGUGCAACCUCUUACCCCAGCUAUGUACCAUUUUUGAUAGCGAAGGUACCCCUUUUUGUAUCUCUUCCAUUGACAAAUACCUAGUUUAGAACGUCUUUUCAUCCCUUUUAACCGCUGUAGAUGCACUAUCUUUAGAAUAUGAAAAAGUCACAAAACCAAUACAUUUUUCGACUUUUUCAGAGCCAUAAUUUCUUCUAUUAGCCCUCUUAGGCCCGAUUCAGACGCCGGACCUAAUUCGAAUUAAGGCCGACCCAAACUAUUAAGAACGGCUGAAUUGAUUCAGACGCUGACCUUAAUUGCAGCUGAAAUAAAUUCCGAAAACAAGAAAAAUGCUCAUUUCGGUCAAACUGCCUACAAAAUACGUUAUAAUAGUUUAUGCAUUAGCUUUGGUACAUGAAAAUUUUGGCGUCUGAAUCAAAGCCGUUCCAAAGUCGCUCCAAAGGCGAAAUUCCCGACCGGGCUAGGCGAAAAGAGCGACUGAGCCGUUCCAAAUUGAAACAGGCGUUCCUAACUGAUUCAGACGCCGAACGUUCCAUGCACUUAAUUCAAUUUAUUAGGUUCGGCUCAUGAAAAGUGCGGCGUCUGAACCGGGCCUUGGGUCUUUUUGCAGACGGAAAGACAGAUUACCCUACCAUUUUAUAUUCUUCAACUAGUGAAAUCCCAAUCUCGUUCCCAGGUUCUCUAUCAGGUUUGUGAAAUCCCAACCCUUUCAUAUACCAGAAGCCUGGAAAAGGUACCCCUUUCGGGAGAAGCAUUCCCGUAUAGGCCAUUAUAGGGAGUACCCCCCGGGGGCGAAAAGUCUCGAGCAUAUAGGGUAAGCCUCGACUCGAUUGACUGAAAGAGUCUGCUCGCAGACUUACCCGGUUAAAGCAACGAAGGCUGUCUUUUGAUGAUAUAAACAAGCUCCAGUACAUAGAUACAGUGCAUUACCCGUCCGUUGUCGUUUUUCCCUUUUCAUAGGCCUGCAUAUUGGCAGUAGGAAAAGCAGAGAAGCAAGUCAUAGUAGAUGAAAAUAGCGAAAAAGGGUAAGUUGGUUAAACAUGUUUAUAGCUUUCAAGAAAGUUUUAUCGUGAUUCAGCUUGCGCUAGAGGCUCAUCUGCGGCUCAGGAAUCAGGUACAUAAUCCUUAACGCAACUCAGGGAACCCAUGAAAACUGACCCUUUUUGUUUUUGCUUUGGAAUAGCCGCCAGCUAAUAAGAAGUUGUUGUUGUUGCUCACCCCAGUCAAUGUCGGGGACUCUCGCCGAUCUCGUUCCCAUUAGAGCUCGCGUGUUUUAUGCGCGCACGCUUUGCACGUCUGUUACUCAUCUGACUACAAUUCUCAAACGCUCGGCCAAUAACUAAAAGUUUCCCAUUGCACAGCGGCAAGAAGUUAUUCAGGCCAAUCACACUUCGUGCUGAAAUUGAAAUAAACCAAUCACAUCUCGAAGCAAACACAUGUAGCUGUUGUCAAUCGCGGGCAACUGCAUGUGACCAUUUUUUUUCUUCUGAUUGGUCAAGUUUUUGACACAUCAGAAGUUAAACAUUUUCCCGCGCUUGACGAUAGCUGCAUGGAUUUGCUUCGUGAUGUGAUUGGUUGAACUCAAUUUCUUUGAAAGGCCAAUAGCCAAUCGCAAUUGUAUCGACCAGUCCGUGUGCUGAUAAUCUGUCUUCUUAUUCUCAACAGUUACACCACUGGAACAGUCAUGUCUGUUACUCUCAGCUGCGAUCACCGAGUUGUAGAUGGCGCCGUUGGAGCGCAGUGGCUGUCCGCUUUCAAAAACUAUCUAGAAAAACCCCUUACAAUGUUGUUGUAAAAUACGACUUAAAUAGAGCCUAUCGUAGUUCUUCUGAAUUUUUAUUUCAACUCGGGUAGAAAAAUUGUUAAAACUGCUGGAAAGAGAGCCUUAAAAUAGAAAACCGUGUGUCUUGUUUAUAAGAGAUGAAGUAGGUAAAUUUAUUUUUUGUAUGUUUGUAUUUUUACAGACGUAUACGUGAUGUUAGGACUUUUUUCUGUUCGUUUUCCGUAGUUCGUGCCUUUAGAAAGCAAGCACUUACAAAUUCUCUAGGCCUUAUCCGUUGUUUUUACGAUGUUUUGAAGUCCAUAUUUGCAAGGUCUUCAUAUUUUAGGUAACUCUUUCUAGCUGUACUAAUGGUCUCUCUGGUCGAAACAAACAUUAACAAUUUAGGGAAAAAUACCAUGAGACGCUGUGUUCAACCGGACGGGUAAUCCUCGAAUGAAAAAUGAUUAAGGUUUACGGCAGCCUUCUGUGGGCGCAAAAGAUGCUAAGACCUAUACGUUAGAGAGGUUUGACAUGAUUACUGUGUCGAUACUGUGGUGUUUGGGAACAAAGUUGAAAUGCUUGAAGUGGAAAGCAAGACAGUCUAUCGCGAUUGAUAAGUUUAAUCAACCAAAUGUGUAUAUUUUUAACCAGAUUUGGGCAGAACAAAUAAACAUAAAAAAUGCCUUGAAAUGUGGCUUGCUGACA